CGGGGUCACACACUUUUUCGACUGACACAGAAACGGAGUGAGACGCGGACUCGGAUCAAGCGACUCGCUUCAGACCGUCACCCGGAGGACCGUCGUCUCCACCGGGUGUGACAGAUGAACUCUGCCCGGUAAGCGGCUGAGCUCCGGGCGGCACCGAGUGUUUUCACGGACCUACUUCUCCUGCUGGCGCUGACAGGCGGUGCUUCGGUCGUUCCCAAACAUGGCCUCCAUGACGGAACGACCGCUUCAACUUUAAUUUUCUCCAGCUUUCACGAGAAAAGCAUCGUUUUCUGCCUCCGCCGCUCGGGAAUGCUCGCUCGGACCCGCUCGUGCCGGCGGAGCUGUGACGCGGGUGUGAUCCGGCGGAGAAGUUCGCUGCUGCUGUGAGCGCGUCGCUUGAAGUUGGAAAGCUGGAGAGGAAAAGGAGAAUCUCAUCAAACCAAAUGCCAUCUGAGGCUCAGUCUCAGGAGCCUCGUGACAGGGGCCCGCCCCCACCUGUCACUCGGGCCGGUCGCAGUGCUCAGCUGGCCAAAGCCGCUGCCUCAAGCCUCUUAAGCGAGAGGCGGUCCCGUGGGCGACCUCGGAAAGAUGGGAGCAGCGGCCGAUCUGCUCCCCUGGCCCCUCCUGCUCCUCCGUCUCCUCCUCCACCUCCCAAAUCAAGGAAGAGGGGGCAGAGUCGAGGUCGAGCCCAGGUAGAGGACAAGAAGAGCAUGGACGCCACGGAGAAGAAAUCCGCCCACAAGACGGAGGUGACGGAGAAGACCACAGGAAGCCGUCGAUCAUCCUCCAGGAGGAAAUCGAACACAAACCCCGACCCUGAACCAAGCCAAGAAAGAUUUAGUCCAGAGUCUAAGCUGGACCCUGUUCCACUUGGUCCCACAAUCCCAGUCUCCAGCCCAGAACCAGCCCAAUGUACUGAUAAGGACAGAACCAGCCCUGGUCCUCCUGCCGAGCUCCCGACCUACAGUCCUGGACCAGAACCUCGACUCAGCCCCCUGCCCACCUCCCUGUCCCUGGACCACAGUCCGGUUCAGAGCCCCGCCUCAACCCCCAGACCAGCUCCUGAUCCUGUGGAGGAGGGCCGGCCCGGGCCAAGCCAUAGCCCCGCCCCCACAGAGGUGGACUGUAGUCCCUGCAGGGUCCCCAUGGAGACAGAAGGGUGUGCGGCAAGUCCUGGGGUUAUUUCCAUGGGGCAUAGUCCAGCUCCGAGUCUCCUAGUGUCCCCCUGUCCCCAGCUGGAGGACGAUGACUCGCUGUCCCUGCUGUUCCAACGCUCUCUGUCAGAGGACUCCAGGGGUUCGCCCAGCCACAGCCUGGAACACAUCAAAAAACGUCUGAAGCAGUGUGCCUUCUGUUACCAUGAUGAAAAGCUUCCUCUGGGCCAGGGCCGCCUGGUGGUGUUCGGCCCGACGCCCGGCUACAUCCCCCGCCACAUCCUGAGCCGCAGAGCGCCCUCGGACCGAGAGAGCGACUGCCACGACCACUGCUAUCGUGACAACCAGGCCCCACCCAUGUGCAGCAGUCCGGAGCAGUGUGAGUCUUCCUCAGAGUUUGUGGAGCAGCUUGGACCUAUCGGCCUCCCACAUGACAUCAACGUCCAAUCACUGUUCGACCCCACAGGUCAGUGCUGUGCUCACCUGCAGUGUGCAGCUUGGUCGGAGGGGGUGUGUCGAGGCGAGGGCCAAUCACUGCUCUAUGUCGACAAAGCCAUCGACUCAGGAAGCACACAGGCGUGUGCCUUCUGCCGUCGGCUCGGGGCGACCCUGCGUUGCCAGGAAACUAGCUGUGGGCGGAGCUACCACUUCCCCUGUGCUGCUGCAGCCGGGGCUCAUCAGGACUGGAACCAGAGACACACACUGUGUACAAGACACAGACAAACAGGAUCUUCGCAGUGUGAGUUGUGUUCGGGUUCCGGUGAUGUCAGCAGGCUGUUGAUGUGUUGCUGCUGUGGUAACUGUUACCAUGGCAGCUGCCUGGACCCCCCUCUGGCCCCCUCCCCCCUGUGCCGGGCCGGCUGGCAGUGUCCUGAGUGUCGGGUGUGUCAGAGCUGCAGGUUGCAAGGCGAUGAUGGUGUGUUGCUGGUGUGUGAGCGCUGUGAUAAAACUUAUCACCGACACUGUCUCACACCACCUCUGGAUCACACUCCAAGCACGAGCUGGAGCUGCCAUAAUUGCAGAACCUGCCGUCACUGCGGUGUGAGGUCAUCAGGCCAGUGGGCCAAUCACCCGUUUUUGUGCGAGUCUUGUGACCCAGCCCUGCCCUGCCCUCUCUGUGGCCUCACGCCUGACCUCUACACACCCGAAGAGUACCUCACCUGUACUUGCUGCUAUAGGUGUGUCCAUACAGCGUGUAUUGUCCAGACUGGGGAGGGCAGGGCAGGGUCUGAAAGUUACAUCUGCUCCACCUGCAGGCAUCAGAAGGAGGAUAUAAUUCCUAACAGUCUAAUCCCACACAGUCCCACUCCAGCCCUGCCAAUCAGUUCCACACAGGCAUCACCUUUAAGCAUAUCUCAGCCAACAAUCUGCAAUCAGGAUCACCCCAUGAGUCCUUCCACUCUUAGCCCAGUCCAGCUCGACUGCUUAGAACCAACACAGAGUCCUACCAAAUCCAUGUGCACACCAGUACUGCAAAGUCUUACACCAUCUCGUCCUGACCCAUCAGUACUGCAAAGUCCUUCAUCUACUAAUCAACAUCCAUUAGAGCUCCAACCCAGCCCUGAACUUACUCAACGUCCUACAUCUACUCACCCUGAUCCAUCAGAGCUCCAAGAAAGCCCUGAACUUGAUCAACCUGAUCCAUCAGAGCUCCAAGAAAGUCCUGAACUUGAUCCCCCUGAUACUUCGGAGCUCCAAGAAAGUCCUGAACUUGAUCACCCUGAUCCAUCAGAGCUCCAAGAAAAGUCUGAACCUUAUUACCCUGAUACUUCGGAGCUCCAAGAAAGUCUUGAACUUGAUCAUCCUGAUCCAUCAGAGCUCCAAGAAAGUCCUGAAAUUGAUCACCCUGAUCCAUCAGAGCUCCAAGAAAGUCCUGAACUUGAUCACCCUGAUCCAUCAGAGCUCCAAGAAAGUCCUGAACUUGAUCACCCUGAUCCAUCAGAUCUCCAAGAAAGUCCUGAACUUGAUCAUCCUAAUCCAUCAGAGCUCCAAGAAAGUCCUGAACUUGAUCACCCUGAUCCAUCAGAUCUCCAAGAAAGUCCUGCACCUAUUAACCCUGAUCCUUCAGAGCUCCAAGAAAGUCCUGCACCUGCUCACCCUGAUCCAUCAGAGCUCCAAGAAAGUCCUGCAUCUACUCACCCUGAUCCACCAGAUAUACAACAGAGUCCUGCUCCAUCUCUCCCUGAUCCAUUAGUACUUCAAGAAAGUCUUUCCCCUACUCAUCCUGAUCCUUCAGAGCUCAAACAAAGUCCUACCCCUACCCACCUGGAUCCACUAGAUAUCCAACAGAGUCCUGCUCCAUCUCUCCUUUAUCCAUCAGAGCUCCAAGAAAGUCCUUCACCUGCUCACCCUGAUCCUUCAGAACACCAAGAAAGUCCAUCACCUGCUCACCCAGAUCCUUCAGAACUCCAAGAAAGUCCUGUACUUGAUCACCCUGAUCCUUCACAGCUCCAAGUAAGUCCUGCACCUGCUCACCCUGCUCCUUCAGAGCUCCUAGAAAGUCCUGCACCUGCCCACCCUGAUCCUUCAGAGCUCCAAGAAAGUCUUGCACCUACUAAUCCUGAUCCUUCAGUGCUCAAACAAAGUCCUACCACUACCUAUCCGGAUCCACUAGAUAUCCAACAGAGUCCUGCUCCGUCUCUCCUUGAUCCAUCAGAGCUCCAAGAAAGUCCUUCACCUGCUCACCCUGAUCCUUCAGAACUCCAAGAAAGUCCUUCACCUGCUCAGCCUGAUCCUUCAGAACUCCAAGAAAGUCCUGCACCGGCUCACCUUGAUCCUUCAGAGCUCCAAGAAAGUCCUGCAACUGUUAAUCGUGAUCCUUCAGAGCUUCAAGAAAGUCCUGCACCUACUAACCCUGAUCCUUCAGAGCUCCAAGAAAGACCUGCACCUGCUUACCCUGAUCCUUCAGAGCUCCAAGCAAGUCCUGCACCUGCUCAUCCUCAUCAUUCAGAGCUCAAAGCAAGUCAUGCACCUGCUCAUCCUGAUACUUCAGAGCUCCAAGAAAGUCCUGCACCUGCUUACCCUGAUCCUUCAGAGCGCCAAGAAAGUCCUGCACCUGUUCACCUUGAUCCUUCAGAGCUCCAAGCAAGUCCUGCACCUGCUCAUCCUGAUACUUCAGAGCUCCAAGAAAGUCCUGCACCUGCUAACCCUGAUCCUUCAGAACUACAAAAAAGUCCUGCACCUGCUCACCCUGAUCCUUCAGAACUCCAAGAAAGUCCUGCACCUGGUCACCCUGAUCCUUCAGAACUCCAAGAAAGUCCUGCACCUAUUAACCCUGAUCCUUCAGAGCUCCAAGAAAGUCCUGCACCUGCUCACCCUGGUCCUUCAGAACUCCAAGAAAGUCCUGCACCUGCUUACCCUGAUCCAUCAGAGCUCCAAGAAAGUCCUGCAUCUGUUCACCCUGAUCCUUCAGAGCUUCAAGAAAGUCCUGCACCUACUCAUCCAAGAAAUUCCCUAGAAAUUCCCACUCCCUCUUAUACUAAUCAAACAGACCCCCAAGUAAUUGAACCACCCUCUCACCCUGGGGCAAUAGAGCUUAAAACAAGGCUAUUGCCAUUAGGCCAUGAUACUGCAAAACCUCUGCCACAGGUGCAACCAGCAGAACUCCAAGAAAGACGAACCCCGUCUCCCUGUAGCACAUCAUUGCUUCAACAUAGCCCUGCACAUGCUUAUCGCGGUCCAACAGAACUUCAUAAAGGAAGCCCUACACAGAGUUGCACCUCCACUAGCCCUACUCAGAAUUCCACUGAGGAGCAGCUUACAGCCACAGAGUCUCACCAGAGUCCAACACAGGGUAGUCCCCUUCUUUGUGGCCUUACACACAGCCCACCACCAAACAGUCAGACCCAGGAAGGGCAUAGUUCUCCACAGGACAGCCCUCCACUUCAGAUUCCCACACAGGACAUCACCAUACAGACACAUGAUAGACCAUGUAGUCCUACAAACAUCAUCAUCAAUCCACCUCAGCACAGUUCCCCUCAAAGAUGGCAUAGCUCUACGUCACAUAGUCCUGCACAAAUUUGCACCUCAACUCCACAUAGUCCCAUACAGGAUGCUGAGUCUACACUGGACCAGGAAAGCCCAGGAUUAUGCAACUCUACUCACCUGCGAUGUGGGACUUCACGGGACAUGUCUACACUGAACCAGGACCCUUCACCAGUCUACUGUAGGUUGACCCAGACAUGUAUACAACUUGCAUCGUUGAGGUCUAUUUCAGCUCCUUGUAGCCCAUCACUGUCCCCACUCAGACCCACACAGUGUAGUCUGUCACAGCCUGCUAGCCCAGUUAAAGCACACUCUGUACUGCCUCUUAGUCCUUUUCAGCUUAACCUGCUUCCCUCUCGGCUUACUGCACAGUCAAGAAUCACUGAGGAAUCAACUGAAACCAAGUCUUUGGACCAUAUUCCUACCCUGCUAAGUUCAAACGUUAAUGGCCUACCUGAAAGAAGCUCAUAUGAACUGUCCACUGCUUUCCCUGAUGGCCAACUUCCAAACCAGCUUAGCCCUGUUCCAAGUAGCAUGCAUAGCCCUGACCAGUCCAGCCCAAGCCAUGUCCCUGCACCAGAAAGCCUUGUUCACAUUAGCACUUCAGCGGAACACAGUAGCCUAACUUUCUCACCUUGUGCUAAUGAAACUGAGGAAGAUCCUCACCUAGCUAGCCACAUUCAUCAGAGGCCUUCUCAUGACAGACUCCCAGGCUGCAUGGAAGGUAAGGCUAGCCCCAUACAUAUCCGAGCUAGUACAAGCCCUACACAUACCAGUGAAAUGCCUACUAGUCCUGCCAACUCUCUUCAGGCUUUUGCUUGCUCCAUGCAAACUGAAACAAGCCCUGCCCACGUAAGCCCUUUAGCUUCCGAGAGUAACCCCUCAGCCAUAUUGGCUGGACCCGUCCACCCCCCCUCUUGUCAGGAUGAAGAGAUUGAAGUAGCCAUCAACCAACCAACUCUACUUAUUCAGUCAGAAGCUGGUUAUCCUAACUCCUUGCCCAGCAGUCAAGCUCAAACAAAUGCUACUAAUGCUGACCCAGUCCACACAGACACUAACAGUAGCUACAGUCUGAUGGGCACCAUUGAUGCUUCAGAGAGAGCCAGGCUCACUGUGGGGAGUUGUUUGAAGCUCACACAAAACCAGAUGAGCCAAAGACCCACACAUCCUUUUCAGUUAAGUCCCUUAAAUGUCCAAUCUAGCUGCAAUUCUUCACAGACUACUCCUGCUAGCGUUAGUCCUCCACACUGUUUGCUGACUGGUACUAGCCCAUUUACUGACUCUGUUAGUCAAAGUCUGAGCAACUUAACAUCAGACUGCAGUGGCCAGGCAGGUCCUCACCUGGCUAGCAUAAUAGAUGUUGGUGUCAUCCACAGUCCACCUAGGUCUAGUCCUGCUGGUCAAGCUAGUCCUAUUCACACACAGAGCACCUCUAAUUGUAUCCACUCAGGUCCUCUCAAAAGACAGAGUCCCUCAUUAAUUGUUGCUUGUGUUAGCCCACCUCACAGGCGAGCACAGGCCAGUGAAACCUAUCAUAGCCCUGCAGGUAGCCCACAUUAUAGCCCAUCUCUCGACACUGGAACCACUUCUGGCCUUACGGCACAUCUGAGCCCCUCUAUUGUUGGCUCAAAUCCUGAUAUGGACACCUUGGCCAGUUCUAUUAUACAGAGCGCUGUUCUUCCGAGUGCAGUUCACCUUGAUCCUGUUCAUGUGUCUUCAGACAGAAUCAUCCAGAUGAGUCCAGAACCUUCCAGCUCCCUACUUGAUGAUUCACCUGCUCCUAGCUUCAACCAGGCUAGUCUAAGCCAGGUUGACCAGAUCCCAGUUAGUCAACACCCAGACCCUGACAGGUCAGCUCCUGAAAACCAACAAAAUACUGCCUUGGUAAGGCCCUUGGGUCAAGGAGCGCCCCCCUCUGUUAAUGUUACUUCAAUUCAGGCUAGUGUCAGCCAUUCUAGUCCUGUCUCUUCUAGCCCCACUCAGGAUAACACUGUAAUGCCUAGCACUAGUCACACUAGUGAAACACCUGCUAGUCCCCCACUCCCUGUCCCCUCACAGUUCAGUCCUGCUCAGGCAUAUUCUUCCCCCGUGCCACACACUCAAGACAACUCCGUGCACAGUAGCCUAGCUAAAAGUCCUGUUUGUGUUCCCAUGGAUCGAGGUUAUACACCAACCUCCCAAAGUCCAGGUCCUGUCAGCCCUGUGCAGCCAGAAAUUAGAUCCAGUCCUGUUCCCGAUGCCACAAUGAGGUGUGUGGCUAGCCGUGGUCCCACUCUGGUUAGCCCUAAUCUUGCUAGUCCUGUGCGGUGUGAAAAAAGCCCUUGUCCUGGUCCUGUUAGCCUUGUUCAGUCUGAUGCUGGUCCUGGAAGCCGGGAAGUUUGGUCUGGUUCCAGCCCCCAGCAAGACACAGAAACAGAGAGUAAUUCUGCAGCUACUGAGGACAUCAGCAUGGUUGAGAAGCAGGAGGUGGAGAAAAAGACUGAAGAGGAGGAGAUAGACAGUGAAGCUCCAGAGCAAAAGGAGGUGGACGAAGUGAAAGAAGAAGUUGGUGAAGUGAAGGAGGUGGAAGAGAUGGAGGAGGUGAAGGAAGUGGAGGAGGUGGUGUUUCAUCACAUAAAGGAGAGACCAGAAGAGAAAGAGCCUGUUGAGACAUCACAGGAAGAAGAUGAUCUGGAGCAGGUUCCUCCCAACACUGCUGUCUCCUCCCCCUUACUCCCUCAGCCUGCUCCUUCCCACCCCAUUCCUCUUCUGCCACACUCUGUCUCACCCGUCCUUGCACAACCGUCUCCUUCUAGAGCUGGACCUCUUAGGGCCUCCCCUUCCAGCACUGCCUUACCCCCCUCCUGCUCCCCCCACACUCCAUGUCCACCAUAUCUUCCUCUGGGGGACCUCCCCCAGAAAGGGCAGCAAACCAGUCAAAGAGGAGACGGGACUGGGACAGCAGCAGAGGCGGGGCUUGAGAACAAAAUAGUUUCCAGUCAAUCACAGAGCCAAGAACCUGUUGCUGCAGCAACAGAACCCACCAAAGAUGAGCACCAGUCACUUGCUGAGCCUUUACUGAAGGAGGAGGAGCUUCCUGAAAGACCACAGCCUGCCCCCGACCGGACAGAUCCUGAGGGGUGCGCUGGGCAACAACCAAUGAGGGAAAGGCCGGUUGAGGAGGACGAGGACGAGGACGAGGAGGAGGAGGAGGAAGAAGAAGAAGAAGAGGUGGGAGAGAUAGAUAGGAUCGAUCAAGAGGAGAGGGAGGGCGCUAAGCUAGUGGACCAAUCAGAUGUGGAAGAGGAGGAACCAUUGAGCCCUGUCCUGGAGCUGGACUCCUCCUUUGACAAGGAGGUGAUGGAGCUGAUGACCUCAACGACUCCUCCCCCCUCCCUCCUACACCUCUCCUCCCCCAGCCCGCCUCCCCUCCCCCGUUGGGGAAAGGGUCGGACUCUCAGGUUUCCUCCCUCCUCCUCCAGACCUUUAGAUGACCUCUCCAUCCGUUUGAGACAGUCUCCCUUCUCUACUGAGGCCUCCCCCGAAACCUCCCCCACCAGAGCUCUCGUCACCCCACCUCCGCUCUCCCCGCCCUCACCUCAUCUCAGGUCCCACCCCUCUGCCAGAGAGUCUCCACCUCUGUCCAAGGUUCAUCCAAUCACUGUGCUCCCCUUGACUCCUAAAAUCGGCAUGGGGAAACCGUCCAUCUCUAAGAGGAAGUUCUCCCCCGGCCGAGCAAGGGUCAAACAGGGAUCGUGGAGUAGUCGCAGAGGGGUGAGCCCCCCCUCAUCCUCCCAGGAUUCCACGGGGGAGGGAGGGUGGGACAGCCCUAAGCCCCAAACACCAGACUCCCCCCUCUGGAGCAUGAGAUUGGGGCGUGGCUCAGGGUUUCCCAGCAGGAGGCGGUCCAGAGGAGGGGGUGUCGGAGGAGGAAGAGGAGGCGGAAGAGGAAGGAGCAGACUGAAGACUCAGGACAGUCUGACCGUGUCACCAGGAUGUGGGAACGUGGAACCGUUCCAGCCUAAAGAGGAAGAGGAAAACUCGAUGCACAACACGGUGGUGAUGUUCUCUACCGCCGACCACUUCACCCUCAGACAGGACAUGUGUGUGGUGUGUGGUAGUUUUGGUCAGGGUGCUGAAGGCAGACUGUUGUCCUGCUCCCAGUGUGGACAGUGUUAUCAUCCCUACUGUGUCAACGUCAAGAUUACACGGGUGGUCCUGACCAAAGGGUGGCGCUGUCUGGAAUGUACGGUGUGUGAGGCCUGUGGUGAAGCCAGCGACCCUGCACGACUGUUGCUUUGUGACGACUGUGACAUCAGCUAUCACACCUACUGUCUGGACCCGCCCCUCCUUACGGUACCUAAAGGAGCCUGGAAAUGCAAGUGGUGUGUGUGGUGUGUUCAGUGUGGCUCUGCCUCGCCUGGGCUGCACUGUGAUUGGCAGAGUAACUACAGUCGCUGUGGACCCUGUUCCAGUCUGAGCCGCUGUCCACUCUGUCAGAGACACUACACACAGGAGGACCUCAUACUGCAGUGUCAGCAAUGUGACAGGUGGGUCCAUGCUGUGUGUCAGGGUCUGACCACUGAUGAAGAGGUGGAGGUCGCUGCUGAUGAAGGUUUCGACUGUUCGCUGUGCAGGUCACAUGGUCGCAGCUCGUACGGGUGCUCAGACAGUUUCGAUUCUCCCUUCCUGGCUCAGAUUGUCUCCAGGGUGAGGGAACCAGAAACGAAGACCUACACUCAGGACGGAGUGUGUCUCACAGAGUCGGGUCUGUCUCACCUCCAGUCUCUGGUUGAACCUCUGAUGUCACCGCGCCGGUAUCGCAGGUGUAAACCCAAACUGAAGCUGAGGAUCAUCAAUCAGAACAGUGUCUCUGUCCUCCAGACCCCGACAGACCCCGACCACCCUACUGAGCUUGAUCACAGAGGUGACUUGGAGUGUGAGAUGAAGUCUGACUCAAGCCCCGAGCGAGACCCUGCCCCCGACGAUGACGUCACCAAGGAGCCGGAGGUAACCGACGGCAAGAGGAAGAGGAAACCGUACAGGCCUGGUAUCGGGGGGUUCAUGGUGCGGCAGCGUGGAGGGAAGGCCGGUCCGAGCAGAAUCAAACUGUGCAGGAAAGAUUCAACCGAGACGCGGUUGAGCCGGGACGAAGCCCUGUUGGGGGCUGAUGUUGUCAUGGAGAUGGCAUCUGCUGCUGACCAGGCGAUGGAGAAGGCGAAGAAGAGGUACAGGAAGAAGAAGACGAAGCUGGAGGAGGCUUUUCCAUCUUAUCUCCAGGAAGCGUUCUUUGGUCGGGAUCUUCUGGACCGGAGCCGGCAGGUGGACAGGAGGGCGGGGCCAGAGACCGCAGGAAGCCAGUUGGGAGCAGCAGUGGGUAAACUGAAAAGCCCUGCCCCUGGUAUACAUGGCCCCUCCCCUACCACAGUUUUGGUCGAUGCCAUGGCAACCAACAAUAAACAAGGAACACUGCCCUUCUCGGAGGAAGCUCUUGUGGAUCUGUCUGAUGUUCUCAGCACUGACCCUCACAUCCUGGCGACAGGACACACAGGUCAGUUCCAGGUUGAGCGCUCCCCCUCUCCGUUUGCUGGACUGGACAUCAGCUCCAUGGCCGAUGACUCGUCUUGGACCUGUGAGCCAACAGGAAGCGGUGGUCGAGGCCAGAGGGCAAUGCAAGAAGAGCAGCUGGAUGCUAUCUUGAGUCCUGAGCUGGACAAAAUGGUGACUGAUGGCGCCAUCCUCAGCAGACUCUUCAAAAUCCCAGAGCUGGAGGGGAAGGACGUGGAGGAGGUGUUCACUGCUGUUCUCAGUCCAAACAGCAGCAACAACCAACCACAGCAAAACCGACACACACACAGUGCUGCUGGGAGCAAGACACACACCCACCACCCAGCUGCUUCGUUUCCAUGUCUGCCGCUGAUGAAUGGCCUGAUGGGAGCUGCUCCUCACUUUCAAAACAAUCCCAUGACGUCCAGCGGGGCCCAGGCUCAAGCAGGCUUUAGGAUGCCCCCCACUGGAGGACCUGCCCUGAGUGCAUCGACAGGCCCCAGCCCUGGGCUGACCUCAACCAAUCAGCAGCCAGCUGGAGAGAGCACGCAGGAUGUGAUGUCGACGGCUCAGAGGGGCAUGUUGAAGUGGGAGAAAGAAGAAACGCUGGGAGAGCUUGCUACUGUCGCCCCGGUCCUCUACUGCAAUACUAACUUCCCCCAGCUGAGGGAGCAGCAUCCUGACUGGUCCACCAGGGUGAAGCAGAUUGCGAAGCUGUGGAGAAAAGCCAGCUCUCAGGACAGAGCACCCUUUGUGCAAAAAGCUCGAGACAACCGAGCGGCUCAGCGUAUUAACAAAGUGCAAUUUCCCAACGACCCGCUGAAACGCAGCCUGCCCCCUCAGCCGCCCCCUCAGCCGCCCCCUCAGCCGCCUCCUCAGCCGCCGCCGCCACUGUCACCGCCGGUGCAGCUGGGACAGUAUGACCCCGCUUCCAUGGACAUGGAGGGGGACUUCAGGGACCCACUGAGGCCCAGAGAGUCGGAGCAGGAGCAGGAGUGGAAGCUCAGACAGGGAGAGGUUAAAGACAGAUGGGGAGCCGGUAAGAAGAGGCAGGAAAAUCUCCCCCAAAGCAAAGUCCUAAAAUCACCAACAGAUAAAGAUUGUCCUCACCAAGCACCUGUAGCAGGAGGUGGCAAACCAGCUCUGCAAAUGCGUCAGAAGAGUAAACAGCUGGCGAAGAUCGAGGCGACUCAGAAGUUGGAGCAGGUGAAGAAUGAACAGCUGCAACAGCAGCGUCUGUUGGCAAGUCAGCGUCUGAUUGGUCAACUGUCUCCAGAGAGCGACAGCCGCAGCCCCAUGACCCCCACGCAGCAGCCGGCCUCCCCUGCACACCCUCACCCCAGGGAGGGGCUGUCGAGGCACUCGCUCCUGCAGGGGGCUGGUGAGGGUUCAGGACUGGUCGACAACGUCUUCCUCAGACCGCAAGCUCCACCCCUCUCUGGCUUCUCCUCACUCCCUCACUCCCCUCACCCCUCUUCCCCUCUCCACCAGCCCCCAUCCUCCCCGCAGAUGUUCUCCCCGCCCUCCUCCCGCCCCUCCUCUCCAUGGGAUCCUUACAGUAAGGUAGUAGGGACGCCCCGCCCUGCCGCCUCCCAGCCUGGUGGUCUGCCGCCCCACCAGCAGCAGCGUCGUAACUCCCUUAGUGCCUCCCCGGCCCACGAUACCUUUGGUUCUCCCGCUCCUUCCCCCGACUCCAAAGGCUGCGACAACUCCAGGGCCCUUGGUCCUCCACCAGGUAACUGUUACCCUCCUUCUGGCUCCGCUCCUGACCAUGCAGUCAGACACGUCAGUGUCCGAACAGCUGAAACCUUCCAGAGGACUCCUCACAACAGCAGUAAACUCCGUGUAGCGUCUGAAUUGUACGGGCGGGUCGGUGAACUGGUGUUUAAAGCCCCCAUGCCUCCCCAGCAGGAGAUGUUUGGAAACACGGGGGCAGGAGCAGGCGAAGGAGGAGCGGGAAGGAGACCCACAGACCUGGGCUUUGUCCUCCCCCAGAUGCAGGACCCCUCUUUCCCCUCCAGUCCACUCUCAGGGCUGGGCUCACCCCACCGCAGCCCCUACUCCCAGACACCCGGAACCCCCAGACCCGACUACUGCCAGCAGAUCCCAGACCCCUUCACCCAGCACUCACCUUUGACCUCCAGACCCUCUCCUGACCCCUAUACUAACCCUCUGCCCACCGGUACACCACGUCCACACUCUGAUCCCUCCUACCUCACCCCCCCUCCCACGUUGCAAAUGGACCAGUUCAACCAGCAGCCUGCUAACUGCCGUCCAUCCCCCUCCCAUCCAACCCUCGACGCUUACACCUCCCACCCAGGUACGCCCCGCCCCUCUGGCACUGAGCGUGUCCCUCAAUCACCAGGGAGUCAGCGGAGCAGCGACCCCUACGCCCAGCCCAUCGGCACACCACGACCCUCGCAGGACCCCUACACCCUGCAACCCUCCACACCGACACCCCACCAGUCUCCAGGAAAACAACAGGACUCUUUUCCCAGAACCCCCAGCAGUCAGACCUCAAAGCAACCUGGGAUGUCAGAGGAUGGCUUCUCUGGUCACACUCCAGGUCACGACCCCUUUGAGCAGGGUCACAUGACACCUGGCCUUUCACAGAUGGACAAGACAGCAGCCGAUGAAAUGGCAGUGCUGGGUUUGGCCUCUUUAGAUGGACCAAUGAGCAUACUGCCGCAGCCUGGUGACUCAGAGGAGAAGUUGAGACAGCGUCAGCGGCUGCGUCAGCUCCUCCUGAGGCAGCAGCAGCAGAAGAGUGCGCUACGUCAGGAGAAAGGUCUCCAGGAAGCAGCUUCAGGACCAGCUUCGUCCCUUGCUGUUCCACCUGCUCCUGGUUCAGGAAUACCCCGUCACUGGUCUCAGGACAACUCUGCUGCCAACUCUGCCGCCCAUUCCGCUCUUCCAGCAGAAUUGUUUCCACGCCCCCCACCUCCCUACCCUGGGACUGUGAGGCCUGGAGGUCUUGCAGUGGCUCCAGCUCCGAGGUUCCCUGGAGGAUUCUCGGGGGAGAGGCAGAGAAGCUUCACGCCCAGCGAGGCUCCGUUCACCAGGUACAGCCUCCCCAGAGAGCUGGCUGAUAGAGGACCAGUCCUGAGGUUCACUGUUCCCCCAGGAGCUCAAGUUCUCCAGGACUCAUUUUUGGGACCUCCCCAGGGUUCGAUGCUUGGUUCUGGGCUCGGUGCAGCAGAGGGAGUCCCGAUCCAGAUGAGGAGACCGAUGCCUGGAGACUUCACUGGCAUCCGACCCCUCCCCACUCCCAACACUCACCCACACAUGAUGCCAGGUGCCCCCCAGCCGUUCCUCCCACGUUCCCUCCCCAUCCAGCAGCACAGCAUCAGGGGCCAGCCCUACAUUGAGCUCCGACACAGGGCCCCUGAGAAUCGCCUGAGGCUGCCCUUCCCUCCGGCCGAGGCCCCACUGCUGUACCCCAGAGCCCUCCAGCCAUCCACGGUCCGGCCCAUUCAGGGCACUAGGAUGGUCACGACCCCUAUGGGUUCACAGAUGGUGAUGGUGGAGCAGCUGAACCAGCAGCACCUCAGCCACACGACCGCUCAAAGUGGCCCAGAGUCAACUCUCCCAGUGGCUGAUGGGAUUGAGGAGCACAUGGAGGCAGAGGAGUCUGCCGUGAAGGACCUUGAGGACGUGGAGGUGAAAGAUCUGGUUGACCUCAACCUGAACCUCGACCCUGAAGACGGUAAAGAGGACCUGGAUCUGGGUCCUAACGACCUGCAUCUCGAUGACUUCCUGCUGUCGGGUAAGUUCGACCUGAUUGCCUACGCUGACCCUGAGCUCAAUCUGGAGGACAAGAAGGACAUGUUUAACGAGGAGCUGGACUUGGGGGAGCCGAUGGAGGACAAGGACGGGGGAGAGAGAAGUGAUGUUGCAGGCGGGUACAGGAAGACAGAUAGCCACACCCACCUGAUGGGGCAGGUUAAACAGGAAGUGAAGGACUGCGUUAAGACAGAAGUUAGUGACGGUCCCUCGGCAGCCCUGCACCUGACAACACAUCCCGGGGCUGUCGCCAGAACUCAAGGACCCCCAGGAGCUCCGGGGACCAGGGCGGCAGGCUCCAGCCAGGCAGGAUCCUCUGCCCUUCUCGCCAAGAAGGUGGAGGACUUGGGUGUGGUUCCAGCUCUUCAGGACCACGAGCUGGCUCCGAUGUCGGUCAUGGCUCCCAGAGUCCAACCCCCUGCAGGGCAAGCGUCAGUCUUCACGCCGCAGCAGAGACCCUUCGGACCCUCGCCCCUCAUCACCCCUCAACCCCAUUGCCUCCUCAACCCCCAGAACCAACUUCCACACCUGGGAACAUCCACUCAGAACCAGCUGCAGAGCCUGAACAAAGCCAGGCCCAUGCUCCUGGAGGAGCAGCCCCUCCUCCUGCAGGACCUCCUGGACCAGGAGCGUCAGGAGCAGCAGCAGCAGAAACAGAUGCAGGCCCUGAUCCGACAGAGGUCCACCCCCGACUCUCUGUUCCCAAACAUGGAAGACUUCGACUCUGUCUCAGAUCCCAUCAUGAAGGCUAAGAUGGUGGCUCUGAAGGGCAUCAACAAGGUGAUGACUCAGGGAAACAUAGGACUGAACCCGAUGGUCAUCAACAGGUUGCCACAGCCUCCAGCUCCAGGGGACCCGUGUCCAGAGGAGACACCACAGCCUCCACACCUUGCUGGACAGGACGAGCAGUUGAAUCCUCCUUUGGUUCGACCGAACCCGCCCAGCUUCGGUCCGGGCUCCGUCAACGAGUCUCAGCGGUGUCAGAACGAGGAGUGGUUGGGGGAGACGCAGCGGCUCUUGCAGAUGCAGCAGCGCCUCCUGGAGGACCAGAUUGCUGCCCACCGCAAGACCAAAAAAGCUCUGUCAGCCAAACAAAGAACAGCCAAGAAGGCGGGCCGAGCUUUCGCCGAGGAGGAUGCCGCUCAACUCCGCUACAUCACAGAGCAGCAGGGAGCGGUCCAGAAGCAGCUGGAGCAGAUCAGGAAGCAGCAGAAGGAUCAUACAGAGCUGAUCGACGACUACAGGACCAAACAGCAGGGGGCGUUGCAGCCGCCAGCCGCCCCCCCCAUGAUGCCCACAGGAGCACCACCCGUCCCUCAGACCCUGCUCUCCCAGCCCAUGGUGCCCAUGCAGCCCCACCCAGGCGGACCCACACAAGCCUGCGUAACAAACAACUCUCCUGGUUGGACUCCAGGGGGCACCGGUCCAGGGGCAUUGGGGCAUAGAAUGCCACCUCAUCUGCCCCCGACCCUGCCUAAUACCCCCCAGGCCUCUCCACGCAGCCAGACCCCGGUCAUGGUGGCUGGGCUCACCGCUCCAACAGCAGGCGUCAAUACAGGGGGGCCCCGGGGCUCCUCUGGGGGUCCCAGUGGAGCACCAGAGGACGAAGCCACCCCCACACCUCAGGUGAAGUUUGAUGACAACAACCCGUUCAGCGAAGGUUUCCAGGAGAGAGAGCGACGGGAGCGGCUGAGAGAACAGCAGGAGAGGCAGAGAGUGCAGCUCAUGCAGGAGGUCGAGCGCCAUCGAGCACUUCAGCAGAGAAUGGAGCUGGAGCAGCGAGGCAUCCUGGGAGCUUCCAUGGGUACCGGGGCUGGAGUUGCAGCCCGGGUCGGACAGACGCCCGGACCUGGAGGUCCUGCAGAACCAGCCCCUUCCCCGGGAGCUGAUAUUCUCUCACAGUUGCCUUUCUUCAGCUCUGAGCUGCCGCAGGAUUUCCUUCAGUCCUCCCCAGCCCCCAGCCCGCGGGGGGUGCCGUUCACCCAUCAGCCAGGCCUCCACCAGGGCCUCGCAGGGCCCCCGCACCCAGGAUCUCACACACUUCCUGCCAACCUGCAGACCAGACCCAGGCUCCCAGGACCAGUCGGGCCCUCAGCCCAGGGACAGGCACGACAAGCUGGGACGGACCUUUCAGGACUAGCCCCCUCCAAACCUGGAGGUCCGGAUGCUCGAUUUGGACACGAGACGUCCUUGCCAGCGUCCCCCGUCCCCAGCUCCUUCUCCUGCUCCUCCUCUGGAGGCCCCUCCCCCCUCACCCAGCUCUACUCCGACAUCAUCCCCAACGACAAACCAAAGAAAAAGAGGAGCAGGAAGCGAGACGGAGACAACAUCGUGGGGGGAGGGGGAAGUAGGACGCCGCUUUCCUCCCACUCUGAUGACAACACAGCUCUGCCCACUACAGCGCGCUCUGACGCUUCCUGUUGUACACCCACUCCGGGCACCGUGGACCAAUCGGUCGUGUCGUUCAGUGGUCUGGCUCCGUCAUCGGAGCUGGAGAGGCAGCUGUCGGUCAGCGCUGUGGCCCAGCAGAGCGGCUCCGACCCGGGCCUGGAGGGUCAGCGAGGCCCCCUGGCUGCAGCUCCUCUGCAGGUCAAGGAAGAGAGGGAGGACGAUGGAGCCUGUGGGGCACGGGUGGUGAAGAUGGAGGAGGGAGAAGGAGAGGUAUUCUCCUCCCUGUCCCCCCUCCAUGGGGGAGGAGGAGACGGGGGCAAGGAGCUGCUCAGACAUCUACUGAAGGACAAGACGUCCCCUGCCAUCACAAUGUCAUACACCGUCCAGGCCCCGCCCUCCGCCUGCCGCCAGCUGUCCAAUGAGAGCUUCCGUUCUGAGGAGGAGGACAAGCCUGGUUCCUAUGGCAACGUGGUGAUGGUGGACGAUGGGGAGCUGAUGGAUUCCUCCAACAGGAAGAAGGUUCAGCGCAGUAAGAGACUCACUCGCCCUGAGAAAGACAGAGCUGCUCCCAAAUACAAGAGGAGGAAGAGAGAGGAGGAGAAGACGCUGAACUCCUCCUCUGACCCGCUAAUGACACACCUCCGACAGCUGGCCGUGCUGCCCCUCAUGGAGCCGAUUCUGGGGGUUGAUCUGAGUCUGUUCCCCCCGUACGGCAGCUCGUCUCUGGGCAGAGACUCCAGGCUGAGCGGCUCCUUUGGGAAUGCCUGCCUGGACGGAGUAACCGACUACUACUCCCAGCUCAUAUACAAGAAUAACCUCAGUAACCCCCCCACACCUCCAGCCUCCUUGCCCCCCACCCCCCCGCCUGUCGCCAGGCAGAAGCUGUCGAACGGCUUCGCCACGACGGAGGAGCUGAGCAGGAAGGAGAUCAGUGAGCAGGAAGUGAAAAGUUCGUCAGAUCUGAAGCAGAAAGGGGAGGGGCUUUUGGUUGCAAACCACACCCACAAGACAGUAGAUGUCCCCGCCUCUUUACCGACUCCACCCCACAACAACCAGGAGGAGCUCAGGAUCCAGGACUCCUCGGAGCGCAGCACCCCCGACGGCUUCGUCCCAUCGUCGUCUCCGGAGAGCGUGUGGGACGGAGAGGUCAGCCGCUACCCCGACCUCUCGUUCAUCAAACUGGAGCCGCCAUCGCCCAGUCCGUCCCCCCCCCUCCCCAUCACCCCCUGCGCCUGGGGAGCAGUGAAACAGGAAGUGAAGGUGGAACCCCCCUCCUGCUCAAACACAGACUUGGUUACCAUAGCGAUAACUCUGAACCCAGUCGCAGCUCAGAAUGUAGCAGGCGUCAUGGCAGCCGUGGCGGCGCUGCUGCGGGUCCCUGGCCCCGUGGACUACCAGCUGAGCCGGGCCCCCGGCCCCGAGCACCGCCCUCUGCUGGCUGGAGUGAGAGUGCCGCUGCCACAGGGUUCGUCAGGAAACAGACAGCUGAGACCUCCUGCCACAGAAAACACUGGUGUUGAAAGCCAACAUGGCGGCUCUGCUGCUGUCGGGCCUCAGUGCUGCAGCCACUGCAAGGUGCUGCUGGGAAACGGAGUCCGCAUCGUGAAGCAGCUGAAGCAGGAGGGUCAGUCCAGACCAGGAUCCACUCUGCUGUUCUGCAGUCCCAACUGCUCUGCUCUCAACACAUCUGCACCCCCAACACCUGGAAACAAGCCUGCGGUCCCCCCCCUCCUGUCCGGUUCCGAGCGCCCCCCCCUCUCCAGAGUGCAGCAUCAGUACAACAACAACAUGUCAUCCAUCGCUGUGCACUCCCUCCCCCACACUCCCCCCCCUCCUGCCACCUCCUCCUCCUCCUCCUCCCCAACGCUCUCCUUCCCGCCCGCCUCAACCGUCACCAUGGAGUCCAGGCCCCGUGUGGACAGCCUGAAGAUGAAGGUGAAGCUGAAGCCCCACCCCCGUGCCGUCCCAGGUGGAGAAGACUUGGCUCGACAGGGGAAGAGGAUGAAGAGUUCCCGCUGGAGACGCUGGAGCGUUCGCAUCACAUUCAGCCGGGGUCCGGGCAUCACUAAUGAGGCGGUGGCCGUGCCAACGGAGGAAGAAGUGGACAUGAUGUUGAAGAAGUUGGGGGCGUGUCUUCAACCUGACCCUUUACCCAAAGACCAGCGGAGGUGCUGCUUCUGUCACCAGCAGGGGGACGGACGGACAGACGGACCGGCGAGACUCCUGAACCUGGACCUGGAUCUGUGGGUCCACCUGAACUGUGCUCUGUGGUCCAGCGAGGUGUACGAGACCCAGGCCGGCGCUCUGAUCAAUGUGGAGCUGGCCCUGAGGCGAGGUCUGACCCUGCGCUGCGCUCACUGUCAACAAACCGGAGCCACGAGCGGCUGCAACCGGCUGCGCUGCACCAACACCUACCACUUCACCUGCGCCCUGCAGGCCCACUGCACCUUCUUCAAGGAUAAGACCAUGUUGUGUCACCUUCACAAGCCCAGGACAGUUCCUCUCAGCGGGGACAGAUCUUCCAGCGGUUCCCCUUCCUCCACUCCAGGGCUGACCCCUGACCCCGCUGCGAUGGUGGUGUCUGACCCGUACGACUCGGAGCUACGGUGCUUUGCCGUGUUCCGGCGUGUGUACGUGCAGCGGGACGAGGCGCGGCAGAUCGCUGCCGUGGUGCAGCGCGGCGAGCGGCAGCACACCUUCCGAGUCGGCAGCCUGCUGUUCUGCGCCGUGGGAAGACUCCUCCCUCAGCAGAUGAAGACCUUCCACGACCGGACGGCCAUCUUCCCUGUGGGUUACCAUGCCAACCGCAUCUACUGGAGCAUGCGCCAUAGCAACAGACGCUGUAAGUACAUGUGCUACAUCGAGGACGCCGCCGGGCAGCCGCUGUUCAAAGUGAAGGUGGUGGAGAAAGGACACGGUGACCUCAUCCUGACCGGGCCGACACCCAAAGCUGUGUGGGAUCAGAUCCUGGAUCCAGUGUCUCAGAUGAGGUCGUCCAGUGGAACCCUGAAGCUGUUUCCUGCUUAUCUGAAAGGAGAAGAUCUGUUUGGUUUAACCACGUCUGCAGUGAUCAGGAUCAUAGAGUCGUUACCAGGUGUGGAGGCCUGUGGACGUUACAACUUCCGUUACGGCAGGAACCCUCUCAUGGAGUGGCCCCUGGCCUUCAACCCCUCAGGCUCCGCCCGCUCUGAGCCCAAAGCCUCUCAGGCAAAGAGGCUGUACCUGCUGACCAGCAUCGCUCCCAGGUGUCAGGGCUCAGUGGGCUCCAUCGUGGGACUGGUUCCUGGAGUCAUCUCACUGUCACCAGGAGAAUCUGUGGCCAGCGCUCACCAGGGACGCCACUCCAAGUCGUCCCAGUACCGACGCAUGAAGGCCGAGUGGAAGAGCAACGUCUACCUGGCUCGCUCCCGCAUCCAGGGUCUAGGUCUGUACGCUGCCAGAGACAUUGAGAAGUUCACCAUGGUCAUUGAGUACAUCGGCACCAUCAUCAGGAGCGAGGUGGCCAAUCGUAAGGAGCGACUGUACGAGUCCCAGAACCGUGGUGUGUACAUGUUUCGGAUUGACAACGACUACGUGAUCGACGCCACCAUCACAGGAGGACCUGCCAGGUACAUCAACCACUCGUGUGGUCCGAACUGCAUCACAGAGGUGGUGACGGUGGAGAAGGAAAACAAGAUCAUCAUCAGCUCCUGUCGACGCAUCCAGAGAGGAGAAGAGUUGUCGUACGACUACAAGUUUGACCUGGAGGACGAUCAACACAAGAUCCCGUGUCACUGUGGAGCCGUCAACUGCAGCAAAUGGAUGAACUGAACACGCACGCACACACACACACACACACACACACACACAUGUGCACACACACCCUGGCAGCUCUCUCAUCUUGGUGCUGAAACUGGAUGUUAAUGCCCCACCUCUGUAGGUGGAGCUUCACUUCAUAUCAGAAGACUUUCAUAAUAAAACUGAUCGAGUUUUGGUCAGAGAACUAAUGUUGGGGGGGGGGGGGGGGCGGGGCUGUAUAAUCAGGGCAGCUAAGGGGGCGUGGCUAACGAAGGGGCUGGUCCUCUGUUUGUAUAUUUUGUAAAAACUGGUGUAAAAAUGUGAGUCACUGAAAUAAGAGAAUGUUUUGUCAAAGGGAAGUUUAUCAAUAAAGUUGCACUUAAAAAACACAAAACAAUAAAAAAUAGAAACUUGAUUCCACAA